UCAGCUGCAGAUACUGAGGUUGUCUGGCUGUAUGGUGUCAGAGAAAGGCUGUGGUUAUUUGUCUUCAGCUCUGAGUUCAAACCCCUCACACCUGAGAGAGCUGGAUCUGAGCUACAAUCACCCAGGACAAUCAGGAGUCCAGCUGCUCAACCACAAACUGCAGGAUCCAAACUAUAAACUGCAGAUACUCAAUGUGGAUCAUGGAGGAGAGAAGAGGAUGACAGCUGUACCACGAAAGUAUGCCUGUGAUCUCACACUGGAUCCAAACACAGCAAACACUCAACUCAUUCUGUCUGAUGAGAACAAGAAGAUUACACGUGUGAAAGAUCAUCAGCCGUAUCCUGAUCAUCCAGAGAGAUUUGAUGAGUAUCCUCAGGUUCUGAGUGCUGAGAGUCUGACUGGACACUGUUACUGGGAGGCUGAAUGGAGCGGAGCUGCUGAUAUAUCAGUGUCAUAUAAAGGAAUCAACAGGAAAGGAUGGAGUGACUGUUGGUUUGGAUCCAAUGACAAAUCCUGGAGUCUGUACUGCACUGAUAACAGAUUCACUGUCUGUCACAAUAAAAACAGAACUGUUAUACCUGCUGUCCCUUCGUCCUCUAAGAGAGUAGGAGUGUAUGUGGACGUGUCGGCCGGCUCUCUGUCCUUCUACAGCGUCUCUGACACACACACACUCACACACUUACACACAUUCAACACCACAUUCACUGAACCCCUCUACGCUGGAUUUAGGGUUGAAUAUUAUUCCUCAGUGUCUCUGUGUGAUAUUAAAUGAUAGAGAGACUCUUUCUGAUGUUCACAUCCACACAAACUCAUCAAAUCUCACGUCAUUACAUUUGUAUUAAUUCAUUUAAAUUAGUUUUUCAUCGUCCUCCAGAAUUUAUAAAUCUAGAUUAGACUCUCAUAUAUGUUCUGAAUCUUUAAUAAACAGAGUAAUAUGUGUGCUUUAAUAUUUCUAUUGUAAACUGCUCAUCAAAUGUAAUAAAAGUCCAUUAGUUAAUCAUUUGAUCCU